ACUCUAUCUGUUCCAUCUGUAACUUCUUUAACAAUGACGUUACGGAGGAUUGCCAUUGAUCAUAAUCAAAUCCACUUAUCUAGGAAACUAUAUUUUCUUUUGCUUUUGGAUUUAUUUAAGGACUGAAACAUGGAUUCACCAAAACAAAACGAUUCAUCUGAUUUCGUUGAUGUUAGUAAUGCAUCUAAUUUAGUAUCCAAAAGCGAUUUCGGAAGCCUUGGUUUUGUAAUUGACAAUGGAAAACCCAGAUUUAAAUUGGAUGAACCUGUAUCUACUAAUGUCUUUUCAAAAGUUGAUUUAACUAAGUCAGAAGAUUCUCUUGAUGAUGACAGCAAUACGUUAUCUUUUGUCAUACUGGGAAAAAAAUCGUUAGAUUCUAUUCAAGCAUCAUCCAUUGCAACAUACACCGAUAUUCAACAGAAAUGCAUGUCUAUUGAUUAUAAUUCAAUAAUAUCAUCUUUAAAUUCUUCCGAGAUACAGCAAAAGUUAACAGAAUUAUUGCAAGAGAAUGCCAAAUUAAAAGAAACGUUAAAACAAAAUACUAUAGCUAUGAAAAAACAAUUUAAUACUUUGGCAAUAUGGCAAGAAGAGGUUAUGAAUGUACACAAAAAUCACAAGCAAAAGUUUACAGAAACCAGACAAUUGAUCAAACUGCUUAAAGAAGAGAAUGCUGAAUUAAAAUUAAAACUUUCUAAUGUUAAUGCUGACGAAAUAACAGAUGAUACAAAAGAAUUUAAUCAUUCGAUUAUAAAGAAAUUUUGUUAUUCAAUUACUAAAGAAUUAGGUGAUUCUAUUAAUUUAAAUCACCUACAAGAUAAAAUAACCUCUUUAACGGAUGAACUAAAUAAAUUUAAAUAUAAUUGUGCUAAAAUAUCGGACGAUGUUGACAAAUAUAUCAGUUUAUCAAGUUUGAUGAAUAUUCAAUUGAAAGAAAAUAAUAAUUCAACACAGGAGCUUGAUAUUCAAAUAAAUGAGCCCAAAGAGCAAAAUCUUAUAUCUGAUCCAAAGUCCGAAGAGCAGCAAAAUCAUACAUCAAAUGAGUCAGAAGAACAAAAUCAUAUAUCAAAUAAGCCCGAAGAGCAAAGACUUAUAUCUAAUAAGCCCAAAGAGCAAAGUCUUAAAAUAAAAAAAUGUAAAGAAGAUGACACCACGAAUAAUCAUAUUCAAGUUGAAGAAAUAAGUGAACUUGGUCAUUUGCUUGCAGAUGAAAUAAAAUUGUUACAUAGUUCUAUAAAUGUUAAUAUGCAACAAAUUUCAGAUCAUAUCAUUUCUCCUCAAAGUCAUUACUUUACUCAAAAUAUUAAACAAUAUGGAGAAAUGUUGCAGGAAGUAACCAAUUGUUUCCUAGAACAAAUUUUUCGUCACACUGCUAUUCAAAAAUGUAUCAAAGAGUGUAUAAAUAUAUUAGAUGCUUGCGAAGGUAUAAAAUUACCUAAAGAAUCAAGUACAACUGUAGAAAAUUGGUCGCUACAACUCGAUCAAAUACAAAUUUAUAAAGAUAAAUUAUCUAUUUAUCAAAAGACCUUGCACAAAGAGCAAUUGAAAUUAAUAGAAGAUAGGCAAUGUUUUAUUAAAAUACAGAACCAAUUUCAAAAGUUAUUUUCAGAUUAUAAUUCCAUUUUGUACGAGUUACAAAUGAUGUCGGAAGAAAAUAUUAAAUUAAAUUUAAUGAAAGAUAGUAUUUCUAAGGACAAUUAUCAAGAAAUAACUGAACUAAAAAAACAAAAAAAUGAAUAUGAGCAAAAAUACAACGAAAUUAAAACUGUCCUAGAGCAAGAAAGAGAAACUUGGAGCGAACAAAAGAAGUUAUUUGAUAGUCUUAAAAAUAGUUGGGGUAUGGAAUUGAAAUAUUUGAUGGAACAGAAAGAAAUGCUUUUUAGUUUACAGAAGGAAAAAGAAUUAACGUGCAAACAAUGUCAAUUACACGAGAGUAAUCAAAAACUUUUACAAACGGAUAAAGAAGCAUUGGAACGUAAUUGUAAACAAUUGACUACAGAGGCCGAUGCUUUACGUAUUCAAUUAGAAGAGAAAGAAUGUGCUCUUCAAAGAAUUACUAUGAUCAAGGAAGAACUAGCUAAAGAAAUAACAAUACAAAAAAACGAAAUGGAACUUUUGAAAAUGCAAAUUUCGUUUAACGAAGAAGAUUUCAAUUCCGAGAAGAAAGUUAAAGAGCAACUACUACUUGAAAGAAGCGAACUACAGAAAGAAUUAGAAACUGCUUAUAAGAAAGUAUAUGCGUGUCAUCAUUCAGAUCAAGAAUAAUAAUCUAGUCUUUAAAGAGAAAGAAAAUCUUUUGAUUGUGUUGAAAAUGUGUUUUUAAAAAGCAAGUAUUUUAAUUUAAUAUUAAUUUCUACCAUGCCAUAAAACAAUCAAAUAUUUAUGCUGAUUAUUAUUUCCUCAAUAAAAGAAAAUGUACUAUCUUACAACUAUGAUAUAGUUGUAUUAGUUUUUAAGACUUGACAACCUAAUAUUAUUAUAUCUUUAUUUUAUUGUUUAUUUUUAAUAA